CGGCUUCCCCGGAAGCACAAACAGGCUCAGAAUAACCCGGACAAAAGUCAAGAAAUGUGACGCGAUAUACAACCCCCCCGUGGCAAGCAAGACAACCGCACCCACGGUCUGCAGCCCGGGCGCCAGCUCCAGCUGCCACUUGGACAGACACUCGGUGUGUCGAGACAGAAAAUCCAUGUCUUGAAUGUCUUGUGAAUUAAACCCCGUCGUGUCGUGUCGUGUCGAAGUUGUACUGCAGAAACAAAACACGAGUUUUGUUGGGGUCUACUCUCACCGCCAAGACAAGUCCCUAACAGGGACAGGGACCCAACAGACACAGACAGACACAGACACAAACAGCUCUACAAGACUACGUACUACUACAAUGGAGCAGCUUGUCGAGUACCUCCCUCAAGGACCGGGCAUCCUGCCCAAAUGGCUAUUUUUCGUCUCUGUCGUGUCCGCCGCCAGCACGCUCUCCGCGUACGCGAACCCCUCCUACGUCGCCGAGCUGUAUAACGGGCGUACCUCGCAGGGCGAGUCGUACACCAACGCCUUCUCCGGGCGGGUGUUUGGGACGUGGAACCUGGUUUCGUGCGUGGUGCGCAUGUACGCCGCGUACAACAUCGCCGAGCCGGUCGUGUACGAUCUGGCCAUGUGGACGUUUGGGAUCGCCCUGCUGCAUUUCACGGGCGAGUGGUUGAUUUUCGGCACGGCGCAGCUCAAGGGCCGCUUCGUCAGUCCGAUGAUCGUUGCUUCGUCGUGUUUGCUUUGGAUGUUUACGCAGCGCGGGGGGUACUUGGGUUGAGCUUUUGAAGAAACGCAGUUUUUAUGUGUUUUCGACUUCAGCUUGAUUAUCAGUCUGUAUUAUACAUUAUGCCAGCUUCUUUCUGUAUAGCUCUCCUCCACACUCCCGUAGUCGGGCGGCGGCUUGUUCGGGCGUGAUAUCCCGCUGGGGUUCACCUAGCAUCUCGAAAC